CUGUCAGCUAUCCUCAACCUACCUGCAUGAUAGACUUCAGUAGUCGCUGCGUCUGCUCGCUGCACUGCAGAACUACCGCCCAGUGACAGCACGCGGCUACCGAGCUAAGUCACUAGCUCUAGCCUUACAAUGGCCGCCUACGACGACUACCGCCAACCAGACCCUCAUGCGUAUCCGGACGACGACUUUGUUCACGAUUGGCGAACACACAAGCCUUCCGCGUACAGCCACGAUCAACAAACUCCAACGCAAUCCCACGGAAGAGUUGGCUCGGCCUCCAACGCUCCGUCUCAUCAACCCUUGAACAAUGCCAUCGGAAAUGCGUUUGAGAAAUCAGACGCGGCAAGAGUGGUUGAUCCAGACUUGAUUGCUCAGAUUACCGCCGAAGUGAAGAAGUCCGUACUCGACGAAAUCAAGCAGGGCAUAGCCGGUGCGACCCAACCUCAGCCUGUCCCCGCACAGUCACACCAUGUUGCACAUUCGCCUGUCUCCACGUCUGCCUCCAUCCCUUCUCAGAAUGCACACACACCUCCAUCGCCGCAAUACGCAGAGCACUAUAGCCAGGCGUAUACAGCCCCUGAGCCACUGUUUCGCGAUCCGUUGUUUGACGGAUCUGACGACACGCCAUACAAACGCAGUGCUCCUGUCGACGUUCCUCCCAGUCGGCCAUCUGCGCGACCAGCCCCCAUGACUAGGAUGGCUACAGCGGACUGUACGCCCAUCGAAAGGAUGUGGCAGCUAUUGUUCGAUUCCGAUGGCCAACCAAUGCCACGUUUAGGCGAGUUCUUGCGAGGACUAGCAUUGCAUCUGAUUGAAGACUACGAACCAAAGCAUAGCUUGGUCAUCAGUCCUGCAAAGAUGGCCAGAUUUUACGAGGAAGUGAACCUGCAAGAUGAGAUAUACCCAUGGCAGACUAUCUUCAUGAAGUUGCCAUAUGCAACGCUAUCCAAGGUUUAUCGCGAAAUGCGUUGUCAGCAUCAUCUCAUCCAGGAGCAUCCUGCAGAACAACCAAUCGUGCCUGCACUCACCCCUCAGGGCUUCCAAGAGUGGAUGACGAUCAUGCUUCAGGCUUACCCGGAUGUCGAGUACGCUCGACUAUCCAAGGCGGUUUUGGAUAUGCCUAUCAGCAAUGCUGAUGACCGACGAGAACGAUUUCCGAAAGAGCUUCCGCGACGGCUGUUCCCACGAACUGAGAAUUUACAUGCACAACAACGAUGUGCUGCAGCUCUUUCUGCCGAGGGCGUUGGUCCUUUGCACAAAGCCCCGACUUUCCCCCCACCUCCACCUAAGGCUCAGAGUCCUCCGAAUGUGCCCAAUAUUGAACGAGAACGGAGCCCAUACGUCACACGGCCAGAUUCAAAGGUAUACCAGCCAGAAGACGGUUUACAGUCACCAUCUGUUCCCAUCGAACGGCAACGACAGCCUUACUCUGCCGCUCCAGGUGGUGGAAAGACGUACGACGAUGACGACGCCUAUCGAGCUACAUCGGCAAGCGGACAACGCAGACGAACGCAUUCCAUCGCCAACCAGGGCCCAUGGGCGCCUCCGCCUGAUAAUACUUAUCAACAACAUCAACCCCAACGGGCGCACAACGGCUCGCAAGCAAACACUCGUCGACCCAAGAGUCCUAGCUUCUCUAACUACGGAACACACUCUGAUUCGAACGUGCGUGACAUACCAAGCAGUUAUUAUUCAUCUAAUAUGCACGACUCCGACGAAGAAACUCGAAGGUCCAACAAGGAUGCCGAUUCGAGGAGGAGUGAUUACCAUCGCCGAAGUACGGCCGGCAUGGAUAGCCCCUUCAACUCACAGUCACGAUCAACGUAUGAUGACGAAUAUCAUAGGAGUCGAGACGGAAGUAACGGGUAUGAUAACAGGGGUUACGACUCCCGUCGUUAUUGACCCACGACGUAUAUACGACCUAGGGCAACCAACAGGCACCAGGGUAUGACGACAUCCUACGACUUAUGAUCUCGAAUCCGCUUCCUUCAGUGUUCUGUACUUUUAACGAGUUAUGCUUGGAAUGAAUUUGUAUGACUUUGAUUUUGCUUUAUACCAUGGUUGGAUCGGGGUCUUUGCGUCGUUGAAUACUCGGGGAUGGAUGUAGUGUUAAACAAAUGCAAGUUGUCUAAAAGAUUGUCGUUCCCGCUAGUUACUUGAUGGUAAAUAUUUUUGGUCACGAUCGAUACGCUUUGCAGCUAUUCUAGCAUCGUUGCAGUUGACGUACAGCUGGGCACGGUCCAAGUGUCAGAUGGCGCUACUGGUCAAU